AGCGGAAGGAACGUACCGGAAGUGGGAUGUGUAAUUUCCUCUGUUUAAGAACAGACGUUGUGUGGCCGGGGGAUUACACAGUAGUGAGAAGACGUCCGGUGACCAUCUGCUUUGACUCCAUCACUGAUACAUGAGAGACACAAUGACCAGAAGAUCCUGGAACUCACCAACAAGAUCAUUCAGCUGCUGACUGGAGAGGAGGGGGAGUAUAUAGAUGAAUACAGGGGUCUGUACAAGGACGUGAUGAUGGAGAAUCACCGGCCCCUCACAUCACUGGAUGGACCCAGUAACAGAGAUACCCCAGAGAGAUGUCCCCAUCCUCUGUAUUCCCAGGAUUGUAAAGAGGAGAAUCCCAGGAUCCCACAGGAGGAUCAGAGUGAAAAAUUGACUGAAAUUAAGGCAGAAGAUAUAGAUGGUGAAGAAGAGAGGUAUGAGACUGAUCGUAAAGGAGAAGAUAUAAAGAAGGAAGAGGAGAAAUAUGUGAGGGGAGAGCAACAGUGUAAGGAGGAGACAAUCCCUACAGAUAUCAGCACAGCAGGUGGACUCCUAGGCAGGAACACCCGGGAAGGGCCUCUCAGUGUAUCUUCUGAUUUUGAUAAAAAAGAUAAAAACACACAAGAUUCUCAAGGAGACAACCCCAGUAUACAGCCAACACCUGACAGUGCAGCUAUAUCAUCUAACUCCACUCAUGAGGAACUCUCUCCUGAUCACUCGGAUGUUGCCACACGGAGACCUAAUAGGAGAGCUCAUAGAGUUCCUACUGUAAUUUCCUGCUCGGAGUGCGAGAAAUGUUUUCCAUAUAAAUCAGAGCUUGUUAGACAUCAGAAAAGCCACACAGGUGAGAGGCCAUUUCCAUGCUCUGAGUGUGGAAAAUGUUUUAAACAUAAAUCACAACUUAUUGUACAUCUGAGAACUCACACAGGGGAGAAACCAUAUCCAUGUUCUGAGUGCGGGAAACGUUUUCCAAUAAAGCUGGCUCUUGUUAACCAUCAGAGAAUUCACACAGGUGAGAGGCCAUAUCCAUGCUCUGAGUGUGGGAAAUGUUUUACACGAAAAUCAAUUCUUGUUCAACAUCAGAGAAGUCACACAGGUGAGAAGCCGUUUCCUUGCUCUGAGUGUGGGAAAUGUUUUUCAAAGAACUCAGAGCUUGUUCAACAUCAGAGAAUUCACACAGGUGAGAGGCCAUAUACAUGCUCUGAGUGUGGGAAAUGUUUUAAACAGAAAUCACAACUUAUUGUACAUCUGAGACGUCACACAGGGGAGAGACCUCAUCAAUGCUCAGACUGUGGGAAAUGCUUUAUAAACAAAUCAGAUCUUAUUAUACAUCAGAGAAGUCACACAGGUGAGAGGCCAUAUACAUGUUCUGAGUGUGGGAAAUGUUUUACACAGAAAUCAGUUCUUGUUACACACCUGAGACAUCACACAGGUGAGAGACCUUUUCCAUGCUCUGAGUGUGGAAAAAGUUUUAUAGACAAAUCAGAAUUUAUUACACAUCAGAGAAGUCACACAGGUGAGAGGCCAUAUACAUGUUCUGAGUGUGGGAAAUGUUUUACACAGAAAUCAGGUCUUGUUACACAUCAGAGAAGUCACACAGGUGAGAGGCCAUAUACAUGUUCUGAGUGUGGGAAAUGUUUUACACGGAAAUCAGGUCUUGUUACACACCUGAGACGUCACACAGGUGAGAGACCUUUUCCAUGCUCAGAGUGUGGAAAAAGUUUUAUAGACAAAUCAGAUCUUACUCAACAUCAGAGAAUUCACACAGGUGAGAAGCGGUUUCCUUGCUCUGAGUGUGGGAAAUGUUUUGCACAUAACUCAGAGCUUGUUAACCAUCAGAGAAUUCACACAGGUGAGAGGCCAUAUACAUGCUCUGAGUGUGGGAAAUGUUUUAAACUGAGCUCCCAACUUGUUAAACAUCUGAGACGUCACACAGGGGAGAGACCUCACCAAUGCUCAGACUGUGGGAAAUGCUAUAUAAACAAAUCAGAUCUUAUUAUACAUCAGAGAAGUCACACAGGUGAGAGGCCAUAUACAUGUUUUGAGUGUGGGAAAUGUUUUACAAAUAAAUCAAAUCUUGUUCAACAUCAGAGAAGUCACACAGGUGAGAAGCCGUUUCCUUGCUCUGAGUGUGGGAAAUGUUUUGCAUAUAACUCAGAGCUUGUUAAACAUCUGAGACGUCACACAGGGGAGAGACCUCAUCAAUGCUCAGACUGUGGGAAAGGCUUUAUAAACAAAUCAGAUCUUAUUAUACAUCAGAGAAGUCACACAGGUGAGAGGCCAUAUACAUGUUCUGAGUGUGGGAAAUGUUUUACAGGCAAAUCAAAUCUUAUUAGACAUCAGAGAAGUCACACAGGUGAGAAGCUGGUUUCUUCUUGAAGAACCUGAAUUCUGCAAAAUCUUAAUUCUUGCUACUCAUCAGAAUUACACACAAUAGAAGAGCAAUCCACCCCUGUAGCCUUACUUCAUUAUCAUCUAAAUAUGGGGAAAACAUUUUGCUUUGAAAUCUUUUAAUUUUCUAAUAAUCUGUUUCAAAAUAAUCAGAUUCCUGUAAUACGCUGAUAAAAAAAAUAAACCUAGCACCAUUAGCAGCUGGUGAGAGGUUAUCAAUAGACCUUUGCAGUAUUAAUACAGAGUAUAAACUGAUUCAGCAGCCUGCAUAGUGGCUUUAUACUAAUCGUUUAUUGUGGUCUAUUGCAUCGUUUUAACAUUAU